AUGUUCCGAGGGGCCAUCAAGGUCCCUUUCCACCGUCUGGUGAUAACUGGAACCAGACUCUUGAGCUGGCACAGAGGCCACAUCAAAGGCCUCUCCUCUUGGCACCCAGGCCACAGCAAGUGCCAGCGGCACUCACCCCAGGGCUUGCCCCAGCAGGUCCAGGAGCAGCUGCUGGGACCAGCCUGGGCCUCUUCAGGCUCCCGGGCUCUCCCCGGGCUCUCGCUGUGGGCGGCCUCCCCCCACCCCAACCCCGCGGCCCUCCUGGGGGUGCUCCACGAGAGCCUCAGGACCCCGACCCGGCCUCCGGUUCGGCUCGACGCCUCUCGCUUGGCCAUCAUCUCAGAGGAUGACUUUCAUCAUACCUCCAAUUCCACCUACAGAACUGCAAGCAGCUCCCUCCGAGCUGACCAAGAGGCACUGCUUGAGAAGCUGCUGGACCACCCGCCACCCAGCCUGCAGAGGCCCGAGGACCGCUACAACGGUACCUAUAUCAUCUUCUUCAGCUUGGGCAUCGGCGGCCUACUGCCAUGGAACUUCUUUGUCACGGCCCAGGAGUACUGGAUAUUCAAACUCAACAACUGCUCCAGCCCAGCCACUGGGGAGGAGCCUAAGGGCUCCGACAUCCUGAACUACUUUGAGAGCUACCUGGCCAUCGCCUCCACUGUGCCUUCUGUGCUGUGCCUCGUCCUGAACUUCCUGCUUGUCAACAGGGUUCCGAUCCGUGUCCGCGUGCUAGCCUCACUGACAGUCAUGCUGGCCGUCUUCAUGGUGAUGACCGUGCUGGUGAAGGUGGACACCUCCUCCUGGACCCACAGCUUCUUCACCAUCACCAUCGUCUGCAUGGUGAUCCUCAGCGGCACUGCCACCAUCUUCAAUAGCAGCGUCUUCGGCAUGACUGGCUCCUUCCCCAUGAGGAAUUCCCAGGCUCUGAUAUCAGGAGGAGCCAUGGGGGGCACCCUCAGCGCCGUGGCCUCACUGGUGGACCUGGCGGUGGCCAGUGAUGUGACAGACAGCACCCUGGCCUUCUUCCUAACAGCGGACAUCUUCCUGGCGCUCUGCAUCGGGCUCUACCUGCUGCUGCCGCGGCUGGACUAUGCGAGGUACUACAUGAAACCUGUGUGGCCAACCGUGUUUUCUGGUGAAGAGCAGCUGCCCCAGGACUCCCCCAACCCCACUUCGGUGGCCCCAGGAUCCAGUGACCCCCAGACACCACCCCUUGGCCCCAUCCUGAAGAAGACCACUGGCCUGGGCUUCUGUAUCGUCUAUCUCUUCUUCAUCAGCAGCCUCAUCUUCCCCGCCAUCUGCACUAACAUUGAAUCCCUCAGCAAGGGCUCAGGCUCGCUGUGGAGCACCAAGUUCUUCGUCCCCCUCACCACCUUCCUCCUGUACAACUUUGCCGACCUGUGUGGCCGGCAGAUCACAGCCUGGAUCCAGGUGCCAGGGCCCAGAAGCAAGGUGCUCCCUGGGCUCGUGCUCCUCCGGACCUGCCUUGUCCCCCUUUUCGUGUUCUGCAACUACCAGCCCCGCGUCCACCUGCACACGGUGGCCUUCCAGUCUGACAUGUACCCAGUGCUUUUCACCUCACUGCUGGGGCUCAGCAACGGCUACCUCAGUACUCUGGCUCUCAUCUACGGGCCCAAGAUCGUGCCCCGAGAGCUGGCUGAGGCCACCGGGGUGGUGAUGACCUUUUACGUGUGCCUAGGCCUGGUGCUCGGCUCUGCCUGCUCUGCCCUGCUUGUGCACCUCAUCUAG